AUGGCUACCGCAUGUGAGCUCAUCCAAGAAGAUGAUCCGAUUGGACCAUCAAACGACACUCCGCCCUCCCUAAAAGAGCUCAAGGCCGUUGAGAAUAUACCGGUAUUCGACAGCGAGGGCGUCGAGCGCCCGUUCAAAAGCCUUUACAGCGGACCGGGAUCGGCUCGCCGUGUCUUGGUCGUCUUUGUGCGCCACUUUCUCUGUAGUGAAGCCAGUCCUGAGAAGAUUGCCCCCUCCAACACGUCCAUCGUCAUAAUUGGAAAUGGGGUUCCCGAAGUGAUAAAGAUGUACAUCGAAAAUACAGGCUGCAAGCACCCUGUCUAUGUCGAACCAACAGGCAAACUGUUUGAAGGAUUGGGUAUGAUCAAAACAUGGGUUGAGGGACCGGCCACGAACUACGCUUCAGAGUCGUCAACUUCGGCCUUCUUCCAUGCGGCGUCCAAGCUCGUCCGGGGACUUCUAGCCGGUUAUCCUGCGACCAAGGUCGGACAACCAAACCAACAGGGCGGCGAAUUCCUGUUCGAGGGCGGCGAGGAGGCAAGGAUGGUGACAUGGUGUCAUCGCAUGAGGGUCAGUCGAGACCACACCCCAACUGAGAAGAUGCUCAAAGUUGUAUUUCCGGAGAGUUAG